AUGGAUGUAGCUUCGAAAUUAAUUGCAUCGGCUACUAUAAUUAAUGCAAAAAUAUUUCCUAUUUCAUAUAAACUUAAAUAUAAUCCAUCGAAUAUUAAACCUAAUCAUACCUAUGCAAUUCAAGCGAGAAUCAAUAGACCUGACGAUAAACUUUUAUAUAUUAAUGAUGUUCGCACACAAGCUGACUUUAGUAAAUCAGCAUCGCCAAUGAUUGAUGUUGCAGUUAUUCGAGUUGGAGGAAGUUCAAACACUGAUCCGAUAAAACCUAAUAAUAAAAAAGAAUGUGGACCAGUUAAGUGUCCAGGUAAGCCAAAACAAUGUCCAUAUAGUUAUAAAAAAAAACACAGAUGGCUGUGA